UCGGUGCUGGGAAAGAUGAAACAAUGAGCAGGAGCCACCUGGCCCCGGAGGAGCCCGGUUUGACGUGAAGGCGAGGCCACAGAGUUAUGUCAUGCCCAGACCAGCAGAGGGCUCCAUGAGGAUUUAUAGAAGAUGCCCCGCGUCUCGGCGCCUUUGGUGCUGCUUCCUGCGUGGCUCGUGAUGGUGGCCUGCAGCCCACACUCCCUGAGGAUCGCUGCUAUCUUGGAUGACCCCAUGGAGUGCAGCAGAGGGGAGCGGCUCUCCAUCACCCUGGCCAAGAACCGCAUCAACCGCGCUCCUGAGAGGCUGGGCAAGGCCAAGGUCGAAGUGGACAUCUUUGAGCUUCUCAGAGACAGCGAGUACGAGACUGCAGAAACCAUGUGUCAGAUCCUCCCCAAGGGGGUGGUCGCUGUCCUGGGACCGUCCUCCAGCCCGGCCUCCAGCUCCAUCAUCAGCAACAUCUGUGGGGAGAAGGAGGUCCCUCAUUUCAAAGUGGCCCCAGAGGAGUUUAUCAAGUUUCAGUUCCAGAGAUUCACAACCCUCAACCUCCACCCCAGCAACACCGACAUCAGCGUGGCUGUAGCUGGGAUCCUGAACUUCUUCAACUGCACCACCGCCUGCCUCAUCUGUGCCAAAGCAGAAUGCCUUUUAAACCUAGAGAAGCUGCUCCGGCAAUUUCUUAUCUCCAAGGACACACUCUCCGUCCGGAUGCUGGACGACACCCGGGACCCCACCCCACUCCUCAAGGAGAUCCGGGACGAUAAGACGGCCACCAUCAUCAUCCAUGCCAACGCCUCCAUGUCCCACACCAUCCUCCUGAAGGCAGCAGAACUAGGGAUGGUGUCAGCCUAUUACACAUACAUCUUCACUAAUCUGGAGUUCUCGCUCCAGAGAAUGGACAGCCUUGUGGAUGAUCGUGUCAACAUCCUGGGAUUUUCCAUUUUCAACCAGUCACAUGCUUUCUUCCAAGAGUUUGCCCAGAGCCUCAACCAGUCCUGGCAGGAGAACUGUGACCACGUGCCCUUCACGGGGCCUGCACUCUCCUCGGCCCUGCUGUUUGAUGCCGUCUAUGCUGUGGUGACCGCGGUGCAGGAACUGAACCGGAGCCAGGAGAUCGGCGUGAAGCCCCUGUCCUGCGGCUCAGCCCAGAUCUGGCAGCACGGCACCAGCCUCAUGAACUACCUGCGCAUGGUAGAAUUGGAAGGUCUCACCGGCCACAUUGAAUUCAACAGCAAAGGCCAGAGGUCCAACUAUGCCUUGAAAAUCUUACAGUUCACGAGGAAUGGUUUUCGGCAGAUUGGCCAGUGGCACGUGGCAGACGGCCUCAGCAUGGACAGCCGUCUCUACGCCUCCAACAUCUCCGACAGUCUCUUCAAUACCACCCUGGUCGUCACCACCAUCCUGGAAAACCCGUAUUUAAUGCUGAAGGGGAACCACCAGGAGAUGGAAGGCAAUGACCGCUACGAGGGCUUCUGUGUGGACAUGCUCAAGGAGCUGGCGGAGAUCCUGCGGUUCAACUACAAGAUCCGCCUGGUCGGGGAUGGUGUGUACGGUGUUCCUGAGGCCAAUGGCACCUGGACAGGAAUGGUCGGGGAGCUGAUCGCUAGGAAAGCAGAUCUGGCUGUGGCAGGCCUCACCAUCACUGCUGAACGGGAGAAGGUGAUUGAUUUCUCGAAGCCGUUCAUGACUCUGGGAAUUAGCAUUCUUUACCGGGUUCAUAUGGGUCGCAAACCCGGCUAUUUCUCCUUCCUGGACCCAUUUUCUCCGGGCGUCUGGCUCUUCAUGCUUCUAGCCUAUCUGGCGGUCAGCUGCGUCCUCUUCCUGGUGGCUAGGUUGACCCCCUACGAGUGGUACAGCCCCCACCCGUGUGCCCAGGGCCGGUGCAACCUCCUGGUCAAUCAGUACUCCCUCGGAAACAGCCUCUGGUUUCCGGUCGGGGGCUUCAUGCAGCAGGGCUCCACCAUCGCCCCUCGCGCCUUGUCCACCCGCUGUGUCAGUGGCGUCUGGUGGGCAUUCACGCUGAUCAUCAUCUCAUCCUACACGGCCAACCUGGCAGCCUUCCUGACUGUGCAGCGCAUGGAUGUGCCCAUUGAGUCGGUGGAUGACCUGGCUGACCAGACCGCCAUUGAGUAUGGCACAAUCCACGGAGGCUCCAGCAUGACCUUCUUCCAAAAUUCCCGCUAUCAGACCUACCAACGCAUGUGGAAUUACAUGUAUUCCAAGCAGCCGAGCGUGUUUGUGAAGAGCACGGAGGAGGGAAUCGCCAGGGUGUUGAAUUCCAACUACGCCUUCCUUCUGGAGUCCACCAUGAAUGAGUACUAUCGGCAGCGAAACUGCAACCUCACUCAGAUUGGGGGCCUGCUGGACACCAAGGGCUAUGGGAUUGGCAUGCCAGUCGGCUCGGUUUUCCGGGACGAGUUUGAUCUGGCCAUUCUCCAGCUGCAGGAGAACAACCGCCUGGAAAUUCUGAAGCGCAAAUGGUGGGAAGGAGGCAAGUGCCCCAAGGAGGAAGAUCACAGAGCCAAAGGACUGGGAAUGGAGAAUAUUGGUGGAAUCUUUGUGGUUCUUAUUUGUGGCUUAAUCGUGGCCAUUUUUAUGGCUAUGUUGGAGUUUUUAUGGACUCUCCGACACUCAGAAGCUACUGAGGUGUCCGUCUGCCAGGAGAUGGUGUCCGAGCUGCGCAGCAUCAUCUUGUGUCAGGACAGUGUCCACCCCCGCCGGCGGCGCGCCGGGGUGCCGCCACCCCGGCCCCCCAUCCCGGAGGAGCGCAGGCCCAGGGGCACGGCGACGCUCAGCAACGGCAAGCUGUGCGGGGCGGGGGAGCCCGACCAGUUGGCGCAGAGACUGGCGCACGAGGCCGCCCUGGUGGCCCGCGGCUGCACGCACAUCCGCGUCUGCCCCGAGUGCCGCAGGUUCCAGGGCCUGCGGGCGCGGCCGUCGCCGGCCCGCAGCGAGGAGAGCCUGGAGUGGGAGAAGACCACCAACAGCAGCGAGCCCGAGUAGCCCCGGCGAGACAGACGCCUGGAGACAGGUGGAGAGGCCGGUGGGGCUGGGCAGGCGCUGCUAUCUGCGGGAGCCCAGACUUGUACAGCGUCCACACUUCUCUCUGGAUUUUGGAUCCAGUAACUUUACAAAAAGAUCAAAGAGCCU